AUGCUCUCGGGAAUUUACCGACUGAAUAAAUCCGAGAUUACUACUAGAUUAUCCGCGGCCGGGUUAGACACCACCGGGAACUUUGAUAUCGUCCGCCAACGUCUUCGGGACCACAUUAUCGCUGAAAACGCCGAGAUGGCAAAAUCCGGAAACGAUCGUUACCUGAGCGUGCCCAGUACCCCGGAACCACCAGUAGAAGACUCGGCCCCGAUUCUAAAUCAAAUGCGUAAAUGUGGCCUGCACUUUGACGGGAAAGACCUCCUCUCGUUCCUCGAACGGGUGGAGGAACUUAAUACGGCCUACGGCUACGAAGGGUCACGUUUAUUAACCGGACUACCUGAAUUGUUACGUGGCGACGCGCUUUUGUGGUAUAGAAAUUGUCGAUCCUCCUGGAACACGUGGGAACAAUUCUGCGAGGAAUUAAAAGACCACUACGGGGGCUACACUACCCAAGAACAAAUCGACCAGCUCUACGAAAAUGCCAAUCCGGAAUUCCAGCUCUACGCGCGAAUUGACGAGAUUACCACGAUAUCCGAGCUUUUCCGUCGGGCCGCGGAGACAAUUAUCACGAGACAAUUGAUCAACGCCGCAAAGAUAGUGCCAAGGAAACUAAGAAAGCUCCUGAAGCCAGUGUGGCCACCGUACUGUAUGAUCGGAACAUGUGUUGCUGGCGCUGUAAACAGCGGGGGCAUACUCGCCUCGACUGUGCAUGCUCAGGGGGUCGCGAUAUGGGCACUACUUGACUCCGGAUCCGAAAUCUCGUUCAUCAGCGAUGAAACUGCGAAAAGAAUGGAGGCAGCCGGGCGACCGGUACUAGACGUGGACGAACCUAUAAUACUGGCCGACGGCACCGAGGCCACGGUAAAAGCCGUCGCCGAACUCACGGUAAGGGUCGGAGGAAUCGGGGUUGACCAUAGGUUCCGGGUCAUGCCGGCUUCCCGAAGUGCCAUGCUCAUUGGCACGGAUCUAUGGGCCAAAUUAGGAAUGACUAUACCGGCCCCGCCGCGCGAUCAAGUCGCACCUACCCCGCAGGUAUCGACUAUCACCGGCAAUAUCUCGGCGGGAAUUGCUCCCAGAUCUGAAACAGAGGACCGACAAUUUAGACAAUUUCUCGAGAGAGAACUGCGGAAAUUCAGGUCAAUCCGAGGUCCUACCGACCGUGUCGCGCACACUAUCCGCUUAAAACUCGGCCUACCGAUUAAGCAGAGAUACCGCCCCAGAAACCCGGCCAUGCAAGCCGUGAUAAACACCGAGGUAGAUAAGAUGCUGGAAGCCGGAGUAAUAGAACCCUCCAAUAGUGCGUGGAGCUCCCCGGUGGUCUUGGUGAGAAAGAAGGACGGGGCUUUUCGGUUCUGUAUUGACUUCCGGAAAUUGAACCAGGCUUCGGAGAAAGACGCCUAUCCUCUGCCGCAUAUCACGGCCACACUGGAUAAGCUAAGGGGGGCGAAGUACCUGUCGACUUUAGACCUUAAAGACGGGUAUUGGCAGGUACCUCUCGAUCCGGAUAGCCGACCUGCUACCGCGUUUACAAUACCCGGGCGGGGUCUCUUACAGUUCCGCAUAAUGCCGUUCGGCCUUCAUUCGGCACCCGCCACUUUCCAGCGACUUCUAGACAACGUAGGCCCAGACCUAGACCUCCACGUACUCGUAUACCUGGACGAUAUUAUCAUCGUCAGUCGAACAUUUAAAGAGCACCUGACGCAUCUGAAGGAAGUUUUCCGGCGAUUACGACAAACUCGGUUACAGCUGAAUGUCGAUAAGUGCCAUUUCUGUAGAGACCGUUUAAAGUAUCUAGGUCAUAUUGUAGACCAAGAAGGGAUCCGUACCGACCCGGAUAAAAUGAGCGCUAUUAAGAAUUGGCCCGCGCCGACCACCGUCCGCCAAGUUCGACAGUUUCUGGGGAUGGCCUCAUGGUAUCGAAGAUUCGUACCGAACUUUUCGGCCAUCGCGGCCCCAAUAACGCGUCUCACGCGGAAAAACACCCGAUUAACCUGGGCCGGCGAAGAGCAAAACGCUUUCCAACGACUAAAAGACAUGCUCACUACGGCCCCGGUCUUAGCAUGCCCAGAUUUUAACCGACCUUUUAUCCUGCAAACUGAUGCCAGUACCCAGGGUCUAGGCGCCGCCCAAAACCUAGAGCAGGGGGAACGCGUAAUUGCCUACGCGAGUAGGACGUUAAAUCAGGCCGAGAAAAAUUACAGUGCCACCGAAUUAGAGUGCCUAGCCGUAGUGUGGGCAAUUCGCCGAAUGAGAGAUUACCUCGAAGGAUACCGGUUCACGGUAGUCACUGACCACCAAUCGUUGAAGUGGCUACAGCGACUCGAAGCUCCUACCGGUCGCCUGGGAAGAUGGGUAUUCGAACUACAGCAGUUCGACUUCGACAUCCGAUACCGAAAAGGGGCUCUUAAUAAAGUAGCCGAUGCGCUGUCUCGACAGCCUGAAAGUAGCGCGGUUCAGAAGGCUAAAGGGUGUCCAUGGUACCAACGAAUUAGUAAAGGCGUUCGAAAGAACCCGUUAGAUUACCCAGACUUCCGGUUGCAGGAGGGCAAGCUUUACCACCACCUCCUGCAUAGCCUGGAUUUCCAUGAGACUCCCGCCCACGAGCAGUGGAAACGCUGUGCCGCUCACAAGGUCGCUCAGCAGCUACCCGCAGGACGGCUACACGCGACAAAUAUAGACGCUCCCUGGCAACAGGUCUCGAUAGACUUGGUAGGCCCACUGCCACGCUCCACCCGAGGGCAUACCUGGCUACUCUCAGCACAGAACCGUUCCUCGAAGUGGCUGGAGUUAGUCCUGUUGCGUCAAGCAACCGCCGACAACGUAACUCGGGAAGUCACAAAUCGCGUGAUAUAUCGCCACGGGUGUCCCGACAUAGUAGUAUCGGAUAAUGGCACGCAGUUCAAGUCGCGUCCCUUUCAGGAUCUGCUAAAAGCAUUCGGUAUCACUCAUCACACUGCACCGGCCUAUACCCUGCAAUGUAACUCUGGAAAGGGCCAACCAAACGAUUAA